AUGGCAGAAACCUGCACAAAAUCUCAAGCUACGUCGCUCUUUCUUUUCCUUCUCUUUAUCGUUCCCCUUUCUGCUCGCCGUAUCAACUCUCAGGCAAUAUUAGAGGUUUCUUUAGCAUCAAAGGGAAGAGUGGUAAAUCAAUCCACCACCAAAUUCCACGGCGGAGCAACCACUUCUCCACCCAAUAGCACAACUCGUCCUCCUCCUGCGGCUGCUGGUACCACAACGGCGAGGAGUACAAACCGAGAAUUUCAGGCAACCGCACAUGAAGUUCCAAGCGGCCCGAGUCCUAUUGGCAAUGGAUAA